UCUGCACUCAUUGGUGGAAGCGUUUGUCUUUGUUAUCAGUCUGUUGGUUCAGUGGAUUCUCCUCCUCGUCUGUUUGUAAAUAGCUGCGCUCCUGCUGCCCUGGAGACAGACACACACCGCUCACUCGGUCCUCGCAUGGACAUUUCCUCACUCGGACCCCUCUCUGCCCCAGUCUCAGAAGCUGUGCGCAGUGUUCAGUUCUCAAAGAGCGAGAGAACACAUCAGAUCCCAGUCCGUCCUCCUCUCUCUCUCUCUCUGUGUCAGUCACACAAGAAUGGAUCUACCCUCUUAGCAGAACACAAGUCUACUUCAGCAGUUUGCAAGUUUGGCUCUCGUUGAAGAGCGAAACAAAAGCGGGACGCCUUUUCCCCCCCAGACGACAUCCCCUCGUCCCGGCGCAUCAACUUGGCUGUCAGAAACCUUCGCGAUGACAGCAACCUGGCUACAUUCACGCGUUCUGCUCCUGCUUUGUUUCAUCUCCUCUGCAGCGUGCAAUAUGUUUGCCUUCACCGAGGAGCCCUCCGAGAGAGCCGGGAAGGCAGACGGGUAUUGUAGUCGGAUAUUAAGGGCUCAGAGCAAUCGGAAGGAGGUCAACAACGAGUUUCGACUGCGCGUUGAGGGAGACCCGGAGAGCUACCAGCCGGGGAGCACAUACAGAGUGACUCUGUUUGCAUCCAGUCCCUCCUACUUCAGAGGGUUUACUCUUAUUGCCCUAAAGGAAGGUGCAGAAGGAGACAAGGAUGAGGACUACAUUGGAAAUUUCCAGAUAAUUGAUGAGGAAGAAACACAGUAUAUGACCAACUGCCCACCUGCUGUGACAGAGAGCACUCCUCGCAGACGCAACAGCAUCCAGGUGUUUUGGACUGCGCCCCCCAGUGGCUCUGGCUGCGUCCUCCUGAAGGCGAGCAUUGUGCAGAAGAGGAUAAUCUAUUUCCAGGAUGAAGGCUCACUCACCAAGCGGAUGUGUGAGAAAGAAUCGAUGUAUGGGGACACUACAGAUAAACCUCUGCUUGACUGUUGUGCCUGUGGAACGGCAAAAUACAGAGUCACCUUCUAUGGAAACUGGUCAGAAAAGAUUCAUCCCAAAGACUAUCCACGUCGUGCCAAUCACUGGUCAGCCAUUAUUGGUGCCUCCCACUCUAAAAACUAUGUGCUGUGGGAAUAUGGUGGCCUUGCCAGUGAUGGAGUAAAACAGGUGGCUGAGCUGGGCUCCCCGGUCAAAAUGGAGGAGGAGAUCAGACAGAAGGGGGAUGACGUCCUGACGGUCAUCAAAAUGAAAGCACAGUGGCCAGCCUGGCAACCACUCAAUAUUCGGGCAGCCCCCUCUGCUGAAUUCUCAGUGGACCGGACCCGUCACCUCAUGUCCUUCCUGACCAUGUUGGGCCCAAGUCCAGAUUGGAACGUGGGUCUCUCUGCUGAGGACUUGUGUACUAAGGAGUGUGGCUGGGUCCAGAGGGUGGCCCAGGACCUGAUCCCCUGGGACGCAGGCACUGACAGUGGGGUGACGUACGAGUCUCCCAACAAGCCCUCUUCUCCCCAAGACAAGAUCAGACCCCUGACAAGUCUAGAUCAUCCACAAAGUCCUUUCUACGACCCUGAAGGGGGCGCUAUCACUCCUGUGGCCAAGAUGAUACUGGAGCGCAUCGCAAGAAAGGGGGAGCAGUGCAACAUUGUGCCAGACAAUGUGGAUGACAUUGUAGCAGAUAUUGCCCAGGAGGAGAAAGAGGAAGAUGAUACUCCUGAGACGUGUAUCUACUCCAACUGGUCUCCAUGGUCCGCUUGCAGCUCAGCCACUUGUGAAAAGGGCAAGCGGAUGAGGCAGAGGAUGCUGAAGGCCCAGUUGGACCUUAGCGUGCCCUGCCCGCACACCCAGGAUUUUGAGCCCUGCAUGGGUCCUGGCUGCAGCGAUGAGGAUGCUUCCACCUGCAUGAUGUCAGAGUGGAUCGCCUGGUCUCCCUGCAGUUUGACCUGUGGGAUGGGCACUCGUUCCCGGGAGCGCUAUGUGAAGCAGUUCCCUGAUGAUGGCUCAGUCUGCACCCUGCCCACAGGGGAGACUGAGAACUGUGUGGUCAACGAGGAAUGCUCUUCCAGCAGUUGCCUGGUUACAGAGUGGGCUGAAUGGGAUGUCUGCAGUGCAACUUGUGGCCUGGGCAUGAAGAGGAGAGAGCGCAUGGUGAAGAUGCCUCCUGCAGAUGGCUCUGUUUGUGGAGCAGAGGUGCUAGAAGUGGAGAAGUGCAUGAUGCCAGAAUGUCACACAAUCCCCUGCAUGCUGACACCCUGGUCAGACUGGAGUGAGUGCAGUGUGACUUGUGGAAAGGGUUUGAGGACACGGCAGCGCACGCUCAAGUCCCCUGUGGAGCUGGGAGAGUGUACGGAGGAGUUGGAACAGGUGGAGAAAUGCAUGCUGCCAGAGUGUCCCAUUGACUGCAUCAUGUCAGAGUGGACAGAGUGGUCAGAGUGCAACAAGUCCUGUGGGAAGGGUCAUACAAUCCGGACGCGCAUGGUGAAGCUGGACCCUCAGUUUGGAGGAGACACCUGUCCUGAAACCAUCCAGAGAAAGAAGUGUAAGAUCAGGAAGUGCAACCGCGGACAAGCCAACAGCGAUGAGAAGAAACGACGCAAGGAGCAGCGCGACAAGAGGAGGAGCAAACCGAGCAGAACUGAGGCCAAUUCUGAGCAUCCAGGGUGUAAAAUGAGGCCGUGGUCGAGUUGGACAGAGUGUACCAAGCUGUGCGGAGGAGGUAUUCAAGAGCGACUCAUGACAGUGAAGCAGAAGUUUAAGACUGCCCAGCUGUCCAGCUGCAAAGACAGGAAGGAGAUCAGGGCUUGUAAUGUGCAACCUUGCUAGGCAGGAGUAGGAGAGCGGGGGGUGAUGUGGGGAAGGGAGGGAGGGAUGACAGUGCGGCUGGGAGAGGGCAGGGCAUGGCACACUGUCGCACAAUGAUCCAAUGCACUCUGUUUAGGGCUGAAGUGGCACAUACGUGAAUCUGUAUUCGUUAAAUCCAGGGCUGAAUUUAAAGAUCUCACUGGAAAACUCCGGAUUCUGUGCUUUUAAACUAGCUCUGAUACACAUACAACUCUUUUGCAAGGUUACUGUAAACAUGUUGUGGUAUAAUAUAUCUUAAAAAUAUGAUUAUGAAAUAUACAUUGAUUUAAUAAUAAGUUAAAGAACUGUUAUAUCUUGUUGUAUCCUUGAGUAGUACAGUAUAUUCCAGACUUUAAAGCACAGGUGCCCAGCCAUUCCAGUGUUUUAUAUGCCUUCAAUUAUUCAGUUGUUUCUAGGACACAAAAUGCCCAGUUGACUUUUUACCCAGCUAUAUUGUUGUACAUGUAGAUGCACCAUGAUUGAGAUCUAUGAUAUGAUUUUGAGCAUUAUUAGAAGAUUUUGUAAUUUUUUUUGCUGUUGAAUUUUUUGAUAAGAAUGUGUCCCAAGAUUCUUACCAAAGUCUUGUGUAGAUGUUUUCUAGCUCUCUUUCCUCUCCUGUUCUGUUUCUCUGUUCCCUCUAACAUAUUAAUAUUUUGGAAUAAUAUCACCUUUACAAUAAAAGUAAAUGUGACAACUUGU